AUGAAGCACCUGCAGAAGCUCCUGCUGGCCCUGCUGCUGGUCACCUGCCCCUCAGCUACAGCCUAUUAUCCCUGGAAUCGGAUGGAAGGAGGAGGUGAAGCCUUACCCAACCUGGCUUACGUGCAGGGAAGGAACAACCAUUCCUGUGGUGGCUUCCUAGUGGCCCCAGGCUGGGUGAUGACAGCAGCUCAGUGCCAGGAGUACGGACCCCUGACUGUCACCCUGGGAGUCCACCCCCUGCCCAGGAGGCAGCAGAGCUGGCAAACCUUUGCAGUCCAGAGGUACCACAAGCACCCCCACUUCACAAACCCUGCAAAUGGAAACGACCUCCUCUUGCUGAAGCAGAUAGGCAAUGCCACCAGCAGGGCUUCCCUUGCCCUUGGAAAGAGCAGAGUCCUUGCUGGCACCAAGUGCAGGAUAGUUGGCUGGGGCCACCAGCCCCCCAGUGCCAGGCUCCGGGAAGCCACCAUCACCAUCAUCAGGCCCAGGGACUGCCACACUAACUACAACUGGCGUGCUGAGAACUUGAUCUGUGGCCACAGUGGAUCUGCUGGGAUACCUGGAAAGAGUGAUGCUGGGGAUCCCCUCAUCUGCAACAGCAAAGUCUAUGGCAUCUUCUCCUACAGGCAUGGCCACUGGCCUGGCUUCUACACACACAUUGCUCCUUACCUGCCUUGGGUCAACAGUGUCAUAAAGCCAGCAUGA